UUGUAUACCCUAAAAUGUAAAAAGGCUUUUAUUUAUGUGCCACUUAAAAACGAGUAUGGAAAAUGACAAGUUUUGGUGGAACUCCAGUCCGAAUAUGGAGAGUCAAGAGGUACACAACGGUAAAAUGUUCAAGACGUACCUGUUCGGUCCUAUUUGAGUUGCUUUCUACAGAGCUGUGACCUGUUUUAUGAAGCAGUAACGUUAUGCCGACCAUUAAAGAUUACAUUUUGUUUCUCCACAUUGUUUAUCUUACAUUCUUAAAUGUAACGUCCUUCACAGGGCACUUACAUUAUAGACUCAAUUUUGCCCUCUCAACUUCCUUAUUUGUAAUGUGUAAGCCUGUAGUCACCUAUAGGAACUGACGUAAACACAAAAUGUCGCUUUGAACGUUUUUUUCUUGUACUUUAGGCCACGCUUGAACGACUAUGACGGUAGGUAGCUAAUUGUUUGCCUAAUGCUGUCCUUCCAUGGUCUUCUUUUAUUCUUAUGUCAAUAGAAGGCGGCUAGUAAACAAAGAGAUAAAAGGUUAUUUAGCUAGCCCAAAGUACUUAGUGAUUCAAUUUUUUUUGUAAAAGUAGGAGUACUUCAAUACGAUUUCACAGAUAAGCAAAAGCAAACUAACACCAAGUUGGUCUGGUUUCGCGCAUUCCUUCACUGGCACUCAACCGCUCGAGAGUACCUCGCCAUUCCUGGGUUGUCAAACUUUUCUCCGUUGAUCUCUCCUCAGAAAGGCGUCGUAAGUAUCUCCUUGCUCUUCUUUCGUCAAGUUAACUCCUGCCUGCUGCGCUCCAAGUGAGUGAUAAUAGCCGGCGAAUCACUCAUUCAGGAAACAAUUCAAACGAACUUAAAAGUGGACGAAAUGAAUUCCACCAGCACAAAUUAUGAAAACAGUGGGACUAUCGACGGCAUCGCCUUCUUGCAGCUCUCCGUCCUGUUUCUGACGCUCGUGUUUGGCUUCCUCGGCAAUGCGCUGGUGGUUGGCGUUGUCAUUUUCCAUCGCCAAAUGCGCACGAGGACGAACAUAUUUCUAACUCAGCUGGCGGUGACCGGGAUAGGAGUCUGUGUGUUCUGCAUACCGUUCAUGAUAGUCGCUCUUAUCAAACAAGCCUGGGUCUUUGACGAAGCGCUGUGCAAGUUUAACGGAUUUACCGUCCCCUUCUGGUUCGCCUCGUCUAUUUUCACGUUAACCGCUGUAAGUAUACACAAGUACUUCUCGAUUGUUAAACCUUUAAGAAAGAUAAUAACACCAAGACGUAUUUUAGUGAUCAUCGUAGUGGUUUGGGUCUCAGCAUUCGCGUGCUCCAUAGGUCCCAUUCUGGGAUGGACUGAGAUUGUGUAUAAAUCAUCGUCCUGUAUAUGCGGGCCUCGAUUUCCGCGCACUGCUUUGGACAUCUCGUAUACCUUGUUUCUCGUGUCAGUGGUCUACACAUUUCCCAUCGUGGCUAUGAUUAUCUUAUAUUGGAGGAUUAUAAAGGCGGUUCAGUCGCAUUGUCAACGUAUUCGUGAUACAGCUAUCAUUGACGAUCGAGGCAUUUUAGCGCAGAAGAAGAUAAUAAUCACCCUUUUGUUUGUUCUGGUGGCGUUCGUCGCCUGUUGGACGCCAUUUUUCAUUUACGGGAUCUUGACGCUUGUGACCGACGCCAGCCGGCUUUCCCGCCACUUUUUGCGCUCCGCGUACAUCUGCGGCUUCCUGUACAGUGUGUGUAAUCCUAUCAUCUUAGGCGCGAGAAACCCGCGGUUUCGAAGAGGAUUCAAAGAGCUUAUCACAUUCCAAAGGAUCAGAAGGCCUUCGCUAAGUCCCUCGGGCGCGGGUUCGAGCAAACAAAGCGAUGUCGACGGGCGUCCUUCGGCCGACUAUUUAGCCGAGAAGAGGUGCUCGGUUUGGUUUCUAUCGUCGAGUCAAAACUCACUGUUACGUUUGGAGCCCGAAAUUCCACAAAGACGUCGAAAACUACGCUGGAUUGAAACAAAUCUCUGACAGGGAGAGAACAACUGAUUGAAAAUCAAAAUGAUUUGACACCAGCUAAUUCAAAUAACAAAGCUAAUCCGGGGAUUGAAAGUCUGUGAACGAGCUCAUAAAAGUUUAUGCCCUAGUCUAAACACCCAGAUGAUGUUAUUAACAGUUAUACUAGUUUGACUGAGGGGAAAAUACGUAAUUAAUAUUGCACUGAAAGAAAAUGUUCAAAGGAGCUCAGUCACGGUAUUUUAGGUAAGGUAAGGUAAAGCAUUCAUUUAAACACGAUAAAAAAAUAAUGGCAAUGCUGAUGUGGUCGUCUUUAUUGAGCCAUUUUGACCACGUACAAAAUUACCCCUAAAUUGAAGGAGACUUGAAAAUAGUUGUUUACUAAGAUAGAAAAACACCACAGAGAUAAUAAUAAACCAUGAAGGAACAAGGAUGAUUAACGAUGGAGAAGAUUAACACGGAUUACCAUCGACGCACUGGAACAAUUUGGGCUAAACUUUUCAAGAUUUAAGCCAUGAUUACGUUACCUUAAUCCUCUUCAAUUCUUCAAACUUGACUUUUUAUGAACCUUUUACGUUAAAAAAAAAAAAAAAACUUCAGAGCAGUUUUGAUGUUUGCACUAGUUUCUGUGAUCCAUUUUUUUAUGACAGUUUGGAGAUGCACCAGGACAUUGCAUUGCUGGUUGAUAAUUUUCAGUAUUCUCCUCACAAGUCUGUUUUGCGAUGCAAUGAUAUUGUAAGAAGAAUUAAGAUUACUACUGAAAUAAGAUAAACAUGAUUAUUUGUAAGGUUUACAUAGGUUUUUUCAAGUUGCUUACACAACGCACCAGGCAGCACUUUUAAGAAAACAGUCUGUAACGACAUAAAGGAAGCGCGAGCUAAAAGCCCUACAUGUGCUUCUAUUCAAGUGUCUAAAGUAGUCAGGCAAGUAAUUCGGUUUUGGUUGCACCACGGUUUGAGAUUGGCUGAGUUGUCUAAUUGGUAAGUAAUCCGUUUGGCUUUGGUUUUUCGAAACUCAAUUGGAAAACCUCUUUAUUCGCUCGCGAUUUCUUUGAUCGAGGUGAGCGAAUAAUCUAAUAGUUUACUGAGUAGACUUCCAACCGAAAUUUGCAUUUAUUGCUCUUGUCAUCAGUAACCCUCACGUUUCAGUCAUCCUUCUGUUUCUGAAUGUUCUUUCAAAACUUCGGAGAACCGAUCGAGAAACUUCAAAGCGAUGCCAUGUUGGUGACCUUAUCAAGCCACUGCACACUAAUGGCUAUAAAAGUGUGCGAUGGUUUAGCCAAUCAGAUUGUAACGUUUGCAUUAUUUUACCAGUAGAAUUGUACUAAACCUCGAUAGAAACAGAACUAUAGAGCACGAACUUUUGACGUAAUGAUGCAGAGUGCAAGCAAAAAGGAAGACAUAGUGAAAAGUGUAUGUAAUAAACUAGUUGUUUUCUGGU